GGGAACCGGCCGGGGCGGGGCAAGGAGGCUAGGGCCCCGCGGGUCGCUGAGGUUGCGGAGGCACCGCGGCCCUGUGCUGGGUCAGUCUGCUCGUCGGUCUGUCUGUCUCGCCAUGGCUGUGCCGGUGCCCUCUCUGCGGACCCUGUUGCUGCUGCUGCUGUUGCUGCCGCCGCCUCCGAGUGCCCAGGGUGAGCUGUGCAGGCCUGUUGGUGAAGACAACCUGAUCCCAGCAUCCUGCCCUGAUUUUUGCUGUGGUUCCUGUUCCAGCCAGUAUUGCUGCUCUGAUGUGCUGAAGAAAGUCCAGUGGAAUGAGAAUAUAUGUACUGAGCCAGAGGCCAGCAGAUCCUCCACUCCCCCGGAGACUCUGGAGCAGCUGGGUUCCGCGCUGAGAUUUCGAUCCAGUUUUGACAGUGACCCCAUGCCAGGGUUUGGAGCGCCCGUUGCCAUUGGCCUGACCAUCUUUGUGGUGUUCAUCGCCACCAUCAUCAUAUGCUUUACCUGCUCCUGCUGCUGUCUGUAUAAGAUGUGCUGCCAACCACGCCCGGUUGUGACCAACACCACAACCACCACCGUGGUUCAUACCCCUUACCCUCAGCCUUCAAGUGUGCCGCCCAGCUGCCCUGGACCAACCUACCAGGGCUACCACCCCAUGCCCCCCCAGCCAGGAAUGCCAGCAGCACCCUACCCGACGCAGUACCCACCACCCUACGUGGCCCAGCCCAUGGGGCCACCAGCCUAUCAUGAGACCUUGGCUGGAGGUUCAGCCGCACCCUACUCUGCCACUCAGCCUCCUUACAACCCAGCCUACAUGGAUCCCCCAAAGGCAGUUCACUGAGCCUGCCCCCACACCUCUCUGGCUGCCAUUUGAUUAUGUCAUGUGUGAGUGGCAUGUGUGGGUGGCAUGCAGUUCUUUACUGCUCUCUGUGGUAUAUGUGCCUUGUCUAAACAUGUGACUUCUGAUGCUGACCAGGUAGGCACAAAUCCUUACCAGUGUGGGUUGGGAUCAACCUGUUUUCUUCCUCACUUGAAAUUCUACUUUCUGAAAUCCCCAGUAAACUAGAAACAUUGGGGUAGGAGCUUUUUCACCCCAAGGUGACCAGCCAUGGCCUGUCACACUUAGGAGAAUAAGUUUUUUGUGGGCACAUGUCCUGCUCUUGGAAGUAAGCAGCUAGCUGCUGCUCAGGGCCAUGGCUUGUCCCCAGGGCUUGACUUCCUUUUGCAGUGAGGCAGGUAGGUGGGCAGAACAAGGGGCCUGGCUGAAGCUUAGUGCUGUGGGUCAGCUCCCAACGUUAGCACACACCAGGCAGAGCCCCGUCUGCCUACGACCAGUUGGGACUGUCAGUAUCUUUCCUAGAACUAUGUAGAGGGCCACAUGCACUCAACAUUCAGGCUUCAGUGAGGAAACUUUUCUACCUUUGCUGCCUGGUUCCUGCCACUAGGCAAGGUGCCAGUCCGCCACACGCUCCUGUUUCUCCUUGCAAUCUUGUUUUACUUUUAGCCAAACAUUUUGCCUGUUUUCUGUCUCCAUAUGUGUGAUGGUGUGUGGUUGAGAUCCCUGGUUCCUGGAGGACAACCUGACCUCUGGUAAUGUUUCCUUGACGCCAGCCUUACAGAAUUACCCGACUCCUGUAUAGUAGUCCAGUUUGUCCUGGCAGCAGGGAUGCCAGGGCCAAGGGGCUACCUGGACCAAAGGUGUGGAUGGAGGGCCCAGAUGGUAGCCCAGACAUGAAUACCUUACCUCCGUGUUCCUGUUGGUUCCUAUUUCACCAGCUACCCUAGCUUUGUGUCUGUUGGUGUGUUUCUGAGCAUCCAGACUCUGCACCUUUGUUUAUAAUAAAUACAAACAUUUGGA